AUGUGGGAGAUCAACUCGGACGAGCGGAGGUACUCGGUGCCGCCGUCCACGCUGUCCGAGCCGGCCACGGCGGCGGCCAAGGGCUACAAGACGAGCGAGGACCUGCACGCCUGGAGCAUCUACCGGCAGAACCUCAACUCGGACUUCACGGACUCGGCGCUGGGCACGUCCGAGAAGUCGCAGCCGCCCUUCGGCAACUUCCAGCUCAGGGAGUCCACCGUCCACACCAUCCUCAACCACCCCAAGUACGGCCCCAAGGAGCGCAGCUCGGAGCUCGGUGCAAACGUGCACACCUACCUCAGGUUCGGUCUCCCUCGGGUCCUCCCGCCCCACCCGAGCUCGUGCCUGGGCGCUAGCGAGCGGAGCCACGCCACGCACCCGAACCCGACCCACCCGAGGGAGAACUCGAGCGGCUACGACUCGAGCGACGACGACCACGCGCUGAACGGCCAGCGUCGGGCGCGCAGCGACCCAGACUUUCGGAGCCACAACCUGGUCACAACCGAGCCCUCAGGCGUGGCGUCGGCCAUCGCGGCGUACGAGCAGCACCGCAAGCAGAACAGGCUCAAGGCCAGCAGCGAAGCGGACCUGGUGGCCGGCGAGAGGCGGUGGGACAUCCCGAGGCCUAACACGGCCUCCACCACCACGGCCGCACUGCAUAAAGGUCCCCCGAGCCGUGCCGAGUCCAGGAUGGCGGGCGAUCGUCGGAGCGUGGCGGGUUCCCACAUGUCGCAGGGGUCCAGGGCUACGUCCAACAAGCACGUGAUCGCCAGGAGCUCGCUCUUCCCCAGGGACUCGCUCUACUCCAGUCUUCCCGGCGGAGAGGCCGACAUAUCUCUGGUCAAGCACCCGCAUUUACAGGUGCGAGACUUGACGUUCGAGCUGGAUCGGUCCAGUGUCGGACAGCGGCUUUGCGGGGGUCCACGUACCAAGCUACUCCUCUUGGAGGGUCUUUCCUUCGAAGUCAGGGGCGGAGAAAUCCUCGCCAUCGUCGCGACAUCCGAGCAAGAGGGCACGGCUCUCCUGGACAUCCUGGCCAACCGGCACGCCAAGUGGGGUAGCCGGCUGAGGGGGGACCUCCUGUUCAACGGGCUGUUCAUGCCGCCGGCGAGGCUGGAGCACUGCGUCGCCUACGUGGCGCGAAACUGGAGACUGUGGCCCGACAUGAGCGUGCGGCAGUGGAUGCUCUUCACUUCCCUGCUCCAGGAGCCCGGAGGUCCCGGGAGAGACACCAAGGCUAGGAUCAACGCGCUGUUGGAGGAUCUUGGCUUGGGACAGCUCAAACACACUCGGAUCCGGGACCUUACUGAGUCGGAGGCGAGGCGACUGAGCGUUGGCUCACAACUCCUUCUUGACACAGAUGUCGUCCUUCUGGACCAGCCGGUGUCCGGCAUGGACAUCCUGGACAGCUUCUUCCUCAUCGACUACCUGCGACAGUGGGCCGCCAGAGGGCGCAUUGUCAUCAUGACCAUCCACCCGCCCACCUACGAGAUCUUCACGAUGAUGUCCAGAGUUGCCAUCAUCUCGACGGGUAGGAUGGUCUACCACGGCAAGAGGCGGGACCUGCUCCCUUACUUCUCGUACAUCGAUUUUCCCUGCCCGGCGUACAAGAACCCGUCCGAUUACUACUUGGACCUGGUGACGCUGGAUAACCUGUCACCCGAGGCGAUGCUGGAGUCGAGCCAAAGGGUCGAGAACCUGGUGGAAGUGUUCCGACGACGCCAGGGCGCCCUCUCGGACCCGGGCCCUCCGGGCACCGCACCCGCCGACGUCUUCAGGGCAGGAUUCUUUGGCCAGAUGCUGGCGCUUUGGAUUCGCGCCCUCAUCUACACUCUGCCAUACAACGUGAUGCACUUCUUCCGGCGUCUCUUCCUGGCGGCCUUCAUCUCCGUCCUGCUGGGCGCCAUCUUCUGGAACGUGCGGGCGGGCAUCGAGCAGGAGCACGUCUUGGACAGGCUGGGCUUCCACUACGCCCUGCUGGGACUCUGCCUCUGGCCCCUGCUGCUCGGAGACAUCACGGACGUCUGGAAGGAGAAGCCAUUUGUGGUGAGAGACAUCAAUGAGCAGCUCUACACGGGCCUGGCCUACGUGGUCUCCAAGCUCACGUACAGCUUACCGACGGCGGCGGCCAUCUUCGCCGCUUACGUCUUCCCGGCGUUCUCCAUGACGGGCCUGCCGCGACAAGAAGAGACCCGCAACUUCGGUCCUUACAUGGGCUACACGAUCCUCUACCUACUCACGGCGCGCGCCGUGGCCCUCACGUCCGCGUGGACCUUCCCGACGCGGCACCGCGCGGCCGUCUUCACCGGCCUCAUCCUGCUUAUCUUCAGCAUGAGCGGCGGCUACGCCGUCCACCUCAUGGACCUGUCCGUGGUCACCGCCUGGCUCCAGUGGGUGUCUCCGAUGCGAUGGACCCUCGAGCAGCUAACCCUCGUCGAGUUCGCGGGAGGCCCAGUUCCUCUCUACGACUGCUCGCGGAGUCCCAUUGUACUCCAGGAGAACGGCAUCCAGGUUCGGACCCUCUGCGGCCUGGUGACGGACAACCACGCCCUGGCGCUUUUUGGGCUCAACCAGCAGUGGCCGGCGGCGCAACCCGUGCUUGUGGUGCUCGCCGUUCAUGCCGUGUUCGUUCUUGCCGGUGUCAUCUUCGUGGCACUCAAGUUCAAGGGUCCGGAGGCGAUUGUCGACAAGACACGCUGAAGAGGUUCCCGUGACCUGCUUGUCGAGGAUAACCGCCGUUGGCUUUGCUUGACUGACACUCGUAGGGCUGCUCUGGACCUUAAGCGCUCUCAAAAGUCAAACCACACUCACUACCAGCUUCAGAACGCCGUUCAAAUGAUGUCAAUCCGUUAUGCUGUGCGCAUUGUGAUGUCCAAAUAACGACAGAUCUAAGGGCGUGCAGUCCACAUAAUCGCGCAUCGUAAGUAGCAUACGUGACUAAAAACAUGGCAGAAUAAGUGAAUAUUUUCAUCAUCAUCACUUCUUUUAAUCCAUCCACGGCGGAAGCGAACCAUACACCCGGAUAUAGACCAGCGUCCUCACUCCCGAACAGCACAAGAAAAACAUCGCCUUGAUGGUGUGUAACUUGCUCACUUGAUCGACUGCUUUCGGGGUCCAUCCAGUUCGGUUGCUACCGCCAACAGAUUCUCAAGUUUCAAAACUGGAUGACAAUUGGAUAGCUUAGCGGUUGUCGCUGCCUGGUUUGGCACCGAGCUUAUAAACUCUUUGGCGCCAUCUGCAAGGGUCUGAUGACA